AUGAGCUUUUCUGGCCACUAUCCAUCACCCACACUAGAAGUUUCAACACUGCAGUCACAAGAUGGACGCGAGGCUUCACGCUCCAGUUUACCAUUUACAGAUUCUUCACAGCUACGCAACGAUCCUGUUCUUCAAACAGCAUCAUUACCUGCUAAAAAAAGUGUCAGUAUUGGUGGAACGAUCAAUGUAUCCAACAAAGUCUCGGGGUCGAGAAUGAACUCUUUAUCAAGACCUCCACGACCACCUUCAUCCCAUCGUGCUUCAAGUCUUGGCCCUUUAACAUCUCAUUCGUCUAAUGAACAUUCCAAUUCAGAAAUACCACAGCAUAGCCAGCCAUCUCCUACCAGUAUAUCUUCUGCUGCAUCAAAAAGGGCAGUGAAUAAACCACCCAAACUUGUGACCAUCAUGAAUGGACAGUCACAUUUAGAUUCACCUAUUCAUGAAGAAUGCAUUGAAUUGAAUCUAGGAUCAAAUGUACCAUCUAAAUAUCUAGACACUCCUACACUGCCGUCAGCUUCUUCAAAUGACCAUAGCAAACACUAUCAGCAUCCUGAAGUUUUAUUUUCUGAAAAGCAAAGUUUGUUUGAUUCGAAGCUCGAGUCUUUCAAAAAAGAGCAUAGUGAGCAUUCCUUGCAUGAGCAACACAAAAAAUCUCAAUCAAGACCUCGAAAUGCAAGCAACUUAUCACUACUAGAUACGUCACAAUCAUCCCAAGAUAGACAUGCUGAACAAAUACCAUCACACAUCGAACUCCAUGAAAGUGCAACCAUGUCAGACACGCAAACUGAAGCAACUCGAUCUCGAUCUGUAAGUCGUGGCAGGCGUGCAGAACGCUCAGUAGAACCACCAACAAAGCACCACAAAAAAUCAGCAAAAAAGCAUUCCAAGUCAAUCUUACCAAUGCAUGUGGUUGUAGAAUCCAAUCAGGAGAGUGUACAAUCCAUGCCCAAGGCAAAUGGGGAGAUUUCUGACAUGACACAUGUCAAUCAUCAAAGUGAAAGCAUAUUAGUUUCAAGCAAGAAACAUUUGAAAAAAAAGCACAAAUCUCCUGUUCGGCAAAAUGCACCAGACCUGUUUGAUCAUGUAAAUCGCAAAUCCCACGAUUUUGAAGGAUGCAUCAUGACUAUUCAUAUUGCUCAAACAGAUGCGCUGGUGUCUGAAAAAAACUUGCGACAUCCUCUUGUUCAGAUUCACAUUAUUGAUGAGGUUUCGGGGCAAUAUGUAUUAAAAUCAGAUCCAUCUAGAGCAGUAACCACGUUUAAUGAACCAGCAACUCUUGAUUUCAUUCUUCCGGUUAUAACAAAGCCUUUUGAGCUAUUUAAAAACAAUACAAAGACUCCAAAGUGGGAUGAGACGAUUAUGCUCAACGAAGAGUAUCUGCAUUUGGUCCGUCCAGGUCAAAUGAUAUUGUUUGAAGUACUAGAUAUGCUUAGCGAUUUUAAGCAUGCCAAGAGUGGGACUGAUGGAUGGUACCGAAUUGCCUGGGGAUUUCUUAAGCUUGUUGGUGGACUUGGGCAAACCAACACUGAAAAACAGGUGAGACUACAGCUGUUUAAAUACCCUUGGUGGUUGAAGCAAGGUCGAACCAUCAAUCGAAUUCCAUUUAUUUAUCAUAUUUGGCGCCGCAAAGAUCGACGAAAGUAUCCAUCCACGCUUUUUGUCCAAGUAUCUGCUCAUGGACGCGUUGAGCCAAGAGAAGUAACUCGAAGACCAAUAGGUCCCACUGAAAAAGAGACAGGAAGGCUGACCUAUGAACAGCAUACAUGGAGACGCAAAGAAGGCCACCAAUGUAAGAUCCCCAAUAAACUCAAGUAUCGCAUUAAUGGCGGUGAUAUGGGUGCAUUUGCAUGUUCAUUUUCACAUAAUGGAAUGUUACUUGCAGUAGCGUGUUCAAAUAGACAAACAUAUCCAAUCAGAUUAUACGAUGUGCUGACGGGCGAGCGUGUGGAAAGCUUUGAAGGGCAUCAAGAUUUGGUGUAUCAACUGAUAUGGACACUGGAUGACACCGAAUUGAUUUCAGCAUCGGCGGAUGGGUCUGUCCGUGUUUGGCGUUUCUUUAGUGACGGUAGCGCUUGCAUGGUAGCUACAUACCAACAUCCAACGUUUGUGUACACCGCCACUAUUCGUCCGCCAAUAUCAGAUGAAUCUACAGAUAAGCAACAAAUGUUGGUGACUGGAGCCUAUGACGGAAUAAUUCGAUUCUGGAGCCACGAUUCAAAAGCAUUAUCGCAGUCAAAAGAUGCAUUGCAGCCCUAUCCAACCUCCGCUUUACUUUUCCACAAGCCCAUUCACAAAUUGGUUGGUCAUGCAUGCAAUAUCAAUGCAGUUGUAUUUGAUGCACAAGGACAUCGACUCUUUUCGGCGGACGCGCAAGGAACGCUCAAGAUUUGGAGCUCACGAUCGUUGCUGCUUUCUCAGCCUGCAGCAUCGUUAUCUGUAUCGAAUGCUAAACUUGACUACGAUUGUAUCAAAUCAAUUCAAGUGGGACCAAAUCCAAUUCAUUCACUUAUCAUGCAUCCUGGUGGGAGAAGCUUGAUUGUACAAACAGGAGUAUCUAUUCAUACUCUUGAUGUACGCAUAUUCCGAUUUUUGACGCAUAUCAACAUACCUGGAGCUGGAGAGAGCCUAUCAAAACGUAUUGCAUCAAUAAGCCCCACAAGAAUAGAUGCCAAGCAUUCUAUUCCAAAUUUGUCUAGUAUGACUGCAUCUGCAAAAGUUGAAUACAAUCUUUUGUCAAAAAACGAUACGCCCAUACCUGGACAACGAUCUAUGGUUGUAAGUCAUAUAUCUCCAGCGCAUUUGCCAUCAACACGUUUUGGCGGCUUGUUUACCCGAGCAUGUGUAUCUCCUUGUGGGAGUUGGAUCAUUUGUGGUGCACCAACCAAUGGAUUGGUAUAUGUAUGGAGGGUUGAAACAGGCGCAAUGGUGGCUUCGUACGAUCCCCAUCAUGUCCAUGAAUGGGAUGAUACUAAUGACAGCUACGGCUUUGAUUUUCCAGCUGGUGAUGACAACUUCCACAGAAACACAGAAAAUAGAAAAACAAGUGAUAGUGAUGUCAGUGACAAUGAAUCUCGAAAGCAUACAUUGAAUCGACACAAAAAACAAUCACAAUUUCAGACCACAGGAAUUUCAUCUAUGAGUCCUAAACAGCUUGGAGCCGCUACGGUGGUGCAUAUUGCUUUUCAUCCAAAAGAUCAUUAUGCUUGUUUUGUUCGAUGGGGUCAAUCUCAACCAGUAAGAUUAUGGGAGUGGAACGAACAUACUCCUGAGAUGGGUCUCGGAAAGUACAAUAUGACGGCAGAGGAGCAAACCAAGCUACAGGAAACUGCAGUAGGAGUUGGAUACUUGAAUGUCGAUGCGAUUGUUCACAAAAGCCUAGCCUCUAGAAUGAAUUUAGCGGAUUCGAUUGACAAUAUGCUGUCAUUCAAGCGGGACAUUGCAACUGGGCAGAAUAAAUCACCUCACUGCUUUGCCAAAUCUACCACGCAGCAAGUGUAUGGACUUGGCCCAUUGAAUCUCAAAAAGUCGGUGCAGCUUGCCAAAAAAGAUAGAGAAGCAGUAAUUGAUUGA